AUGACUUUUCCUUACCAGUAUUCAAGCGGAUUAUCCAAUCUCUAUACAUUUCGACCUGAAAGCUCAAGAGAAUAUUUCACAAAUGAAGAUAUUUUAAGGUCUGGCCGCAGAGCUGAUCCAGUAAUGAAUCCUGGAGAGUAUGUAGCAGAGAUCGAAAGAAAGCACGAUCAAGAAAUUUCGUUUUUAAGAUCUAAAUUAAAAGAACAAGAAACAAAACAUGAGCUACAAGUUGACGAUUUAAAGCGACAAAUCGCGAAAACUAGAGAAUCAAUUGAAAACCGAAUCAAAAAGCAAUCUAACGAAGCAGAAAAAAUCAGAAAAGAAUACCAGAGAAAGUUCGACGAAGUAAGAUCUCAAAAAUCCCAAGAUAUUGAAGAGCUUACAAGCCAUCUCAAUGAGCUAAAAAUAAAAGCUGAGCAAGAAGGCUACUUGUUAGAAUCCAAGAAAAAAGAAAUGAACUCACUCAAGCUAAAACAAGAAGACGAAAUCAAAGAGCUGCAAGACAAAAAACAAGAAUUAACAAGUGAGCUUGAUUUUUUAAAAGAAAAAAUCUCUGACGUCCAUAAAAAUGAAAUUGGUAGACUUCAAGACACCCUAGAAAAGCUAAAAGAAAAGCAUGUAAAAGAAAUAGAUAACUUUAAAAAGGAAAAAAGCAAUGAAGCUAAAGAAAUUGAGAAAAAAUUGGACGCUAAAGAAAGGAUGAUUCAAAACUUGGAAUAUGAAAUAAGCCAUUUAAGGAGAGAAUUUGAAUUGAGAAAGCAAGAAACUGAUAAUGAUUUGCACAGUCUAAAGGAUUCUUUGUUUGAUUCUCAAAAAAAGCUUGAAGAGCAUGAAUAUGAGGUAAGCAAAAUUGUCCCUGCAAGAGAUGCUGCAAAGCAGGAAACUAAUCUGCUUAGUAAAAGCAUCAGCAAGUAUGAAAGUGACAUUGCUAAAGAAAUGAAGAAAAAUAAGAGAUAUAGAGAAAGAAUAGCAAAGCUUGAGAGACUUGUAUACGCAAAAGGCUCUGCGACUAGUUUGAGUUAA